GUACAGCUUGCAGGCAAAAAUGCAGACCAACACAAAAUAAACACUACCAGUUUUUCCACAAUUUGUGCUUUCAACAGCUAACUGAUCCAAUUCUUUAUUAGCAGAUGCUUCGUCUUCAAGCCCUUCGUCGUGUAUUGAAUCAACCCUGUGGUGGAAAAAUUCAGCUUGAUCACAGAGUGCGGAAUCAGUCUUUGUCUUCGUCUCGGUCAGCUUCCAAAAUGGCCGCAGAGAGCAGCAUCGCCAAACGGGUUGACGCCAUCGUCAAGUCUGCGGAGGACAAGCGUAUGUAUCGAGGUCUUGAAUUAAACAAUGGGAUGACCAUCUUACUCAUCAGUGAUCCUACGACCGAGAAAGCAGCUGCAGCGAUGGACGUCAAUAUAGGUUCAAUGUCUGAUCCAUGGGAAAUACCAGGCCUGGCACAUUUCUUGGAGCACAUGCUUUUCCUGGGAACAAAAAAGUACCCCUCAGAAAAUGCAUACUCUCAGUUUCUGAACCAGCAUGGAGGUUUUGCGAAUGCCUACACAAGCCUGGAGCACACAAACUUCUACUUUGAUGUGUCGUAUGAUCAUCUCCAAGGAGCUCUGGACAGGUUUGCCCAGUUCUUUCUCGCGCCUCUAUUCAACAAAGAUUCUCAGGAGAGGGAAGUCAAUGCAGUGGACUCUGAGAAUGAGAAGAACCUGAAAGCAGAUCUAUGGAGGUUGUACCAACUGGAGAAGUCCACAGUUGACCCGGAACAUCCAUUUUGUAAAUUCAAUACAGGAAACAAAGAAACACUUCUGACUAUUCCAGCAGAGAAGGACAUUGAUGUCAGGAAAGAGCUUCUGAACUUCCAUGAUACCUACUACUCAUCCAACAUCAUGGGGCUUGCUGUGCUUGGAAGAGAGUCCCUGGAUGACUUGGCUGAGAUGGUCGUUCCUCUGUUUUCUGAAGUGGAAAAUAAGAAGGUGACUCCUCCAGAGUGGCCCCAGCAUCCAUUCACUGAAGAUCAAAUGAAGGUGAAAUGUAACGUAGUCCCAGUGAAAGAUAUCCGACAGCUCAAUGUGACUUUCCCAAUACCAGAUCUGAGGGAACAUUACCGAUCCAAGCCAGCCCACUACCUAGGUCAUCUCGUAGGUCACGAGGGAGAGGGUAGUCUCCUCUCAGAGCUGAAGUCCAAAGGUUGGGUUAACACGCUGUGCGGCGGGGCCAAGGAUGGAGCGAAAGGUUUCAUGUUCUUCAUUAUAAAUGUUGACCUCAGCGAAGAAGGAAUCGACCACGUUGAAGAAAUCGUCAGACAUAUGUUCCAGUAUCUGAACCUCCUUCGCAAAGAAGGGCCCCAGGAGUGGGUGCACGAGGAAUGCCGGGAUCUAGACGCCCUCAAGUUCCUGUUUAAAGAUAAGGAGAGGGCUGCUGGUUAUGUAACGCGGGUAGCCAGCAUGCUUCAUGGAGAAUACCCUAUUGAGCAGGUCCUGAGUGCACCUUUCAUGAUGCCUGACUUUAGACCAGACCUCAUUGACAUGAUACUGAGUAAACUAACCACAGACACUAUCAGGGUCGCCAUAAUAUCCAAGAGUUUUGAGGGAAACACAGAUUCGGUUGAGAAGUGGUACGGCACAGAGUACAAAAUAGAACAUCUUCCGCCAAAUCUCCUUGAGAGCUGGAAGGACGCUGGUCUGCACGAUAGCUUCAAACUUCCACAGAGGAAUGAGUUUAUUGCAACCAAGUUUGAUAUUCUACCGAGGGCUGAGGACUGCGUGGACUCCCCUAAAGGAACCACAGGAUCACUACUACCCACACUGAUUAAAGAUACUCCCUUUACUAUGCUAUGGUUUAAACAGGACGACACAUUCUUACUGCCAAAAGUCUGUUUCUUGGCAGAAUUUGCAAGCCCAUUAGCUUACAUGGACCCUCUUCAUUGCAACCUGACAUGUCUAUUUGCUGUCCUGCUCCGAGACUCUCUCAAUGAAUAUGCAUACGCUGCAGAGCUUGCUAACAUCAACUACGCGAUUGAAAGCACAGUCUAUGGAAUCAAUAUUCAACUUGGCGGCUACAACGACAAACAAACCUUACUACUCAAGAAGAUCCUGGAGAAAAUGACUAACUUUACCAUUGAUGAAAACAGAUUUGAUGUCAUUAAGGAAACGUAUUCCAGGAUGCUGCAGAAUUUCCGAGCAGAGCAGCCCCAUCAACAUGCUGCGUACUACACAACGGUACUCAUGUCUGAACAAGCGUGGACCAAGGAGGAAAUGUUUGAAUGUAUGGACGAAGUAACCAUUGACCGUAUGAAGGCAUUUAUUCCUCAGUUCCUAUCCAGGCUUCAUAUUGAGGCACUGGUUCAUGGCAACAUGACACAACAACAAGCCUUGGAGGCAAUGGAGAUGGUUGAGACUGUCUUGAAGACCAAAGGGAACACCAAGCCACUCUUACCGAGCCAGCUCAUCAGACACAGAGAAAUACAACUUCCUGACGGUUGUUUUUACAACUACCAGCGUCACAAUGACGUCCAUUCCUCAUCAGGGAUUGAGGUAUAUUACCAAACCGAUGUCCAAUCAACAAGAAGCAACACCCUACUAGAGUUAUUCUGUCAGAUCAUCAGUGAACCGUGCUUCGAUACACUCAGAACCAAAGAACAGCUAGGGUACAUAGUAUUCAGCGGCGUCCGUCGUUCAAAUGGUGUUCAAGGUCUGAGAUUCAUCAUCCAAUCAGAGAAGAGACCUCAAUAUCUGGAUAGUAGGAUUGAAGCUUUCUUACUCAGCAUGCAGACACACAUUGAGGAACUUUCGGAUGAGGCGUUUCAGAAGCACAUAAAUGCCUUGGCUGUAAGACGACUUGAGAAGCCCAAGAAACUAACAAGUGAAGCAUCAAGGUACUGGGCUGAGAUCACUGCAAGACAGUACAACUUUGACAGAGCCAACAUUGAGGUAGCGUACCUACAGACCCUGACCAAGCCUGACAUACUAACCUUCUUCAAGGACCUCUUGGCGAUAGAUGGUCCUCGCAGACACAAGAUGUCUAUCCACGUCAUGCCUCCUGUCCAAAUCACUGAACAGGGACCCGGAGGGGACCAUCCUGACCAGGCGACUACCAAUAGCAUGGACCUGCUACCAGCACCACCAAUGCCACAGCCAACCAUCGUGCAAGAUGUGACCGGCUUCAAGGCGGGCCUUCCAUUAUUCCCCCUACCCAAACCUUUCAAUGGCGGUGCAAAGUCUAAACUGUAGAGAGAUGAUGUUCAAUCUGGAUAAAAAUGCAUCACCUGAUUUAUGGUAACAAAUAAUUAUUCAAAAUAUCUGAUAGUUAUUAUACAAAUUUACAUGGUUUUAGGGUGAAUGGUUGAAAGUUAGCUCCCCGAGGUAUUGGGAGGUUACUAGUUCCCGAGAUGGGAAGAUAGCGACUGGCACGUUAUGUUGAAUGGACCAUUAAGAACUCUGCUCUUGGUCAUGAAUAUGCAUGAGGUAUAGUAAUAUCCUAUAGUCAAGGAAGUUUUAAACUUUCACUUAUGACACAUAAAAUAGAAAAAAAAACGAAAAAAAAACCCGUCACCUGAUUAUACUCCCGUCAUGCAAAGUUUCAAAUCCAAUUUCACAUUUGGGUAUAGGAUACAUACAACCCAAGCACACACUAUUUUAUGUAACAAAGAUUUCUUGCAUUAAGCAUUGCAUUUGCAAAUGUAUUUAAACCAUUUGACUCUGAAUGUGGUUUUGAUAUACGCAAAAUAAAUUCCGUGUUAGAAUUCCUGUGACAUGCAUUAUGGAUUUUUGCGUCACAUCACAUUAGAUGACCGGAACAAAAGUCUCCCGUACUUAGAUGCAGGGUGAUGUAUCUUUAGCCAAUGUGGAUGCAGUAAUGUGUUUUUCCUCCAUACAAAUGAUAAUAAUCAAACUCAAAAUGAAGACAGUCUGGUACCUCACGUCUUUUUGUAGGAGAAUCAACAUUUGCAGCAGCUUUUAUAGAUAUACAUGUAGGACACUAGACUAAGAUGGCUUGUGCUUGAGGGUUGUCAACGUCUUGAGACUCUAUGCUGAAAAUUGAAUCGAAAGAAAGUUAAGUCAAGAGAAAAUUGCUCAUCUUUUUAAAGAUCUGCUUGAUUACAGGAAUCAAAUUAUUCGGUUAGUUGGUUAAAGGCCAUUCCCCCGCCUGAAGUACUUGUGAUUAACAAUAUUUGUCUAUGACAGCAGAACAUAGUUUAGCAGAUUUAGAAAAUUGACCAAAUUGUUUAUGGAGUCUUAUUUUUCUAAAGAAAAUAAUAUAAUUACUAUACUAUGUAAAGUUCAGUGUUUAGGACGUCUUAUUUAAACUGACCUUCAAAGGCACUGGACACGUUUAGUAAUUGUUAAAGACCAGUAUUCUCAUUUGUUGUAUCCUAAAAAAUGCAUAAAAUAACAAAUCUGUGAAGACUUGGCCAAAUUGGUCAUAGAAGGUUUUUGAUACCUGGGGUAGACUAAAAUAUUUUAGUGAGAAGUCACCCCUUUCUCAAAAACUAUGUUAUUUGAGAGGUAGUCCUUUCUCACAAUG